AGAAUUUUUAAUGGAACCUUGAAAGUUGAGAAAGUCGUUCCUGGGGCCUGGGGUUGGUGAUUUGUAACAAACGUUCUUGGCGGCAUGUUUUAGUUGAUCGCUGGGGAGCCAGGCCAGGUAUGGCAGACAGGGCUAGGCAAUCUGGUAGCCUCGCAUGGACUUCUUGUUCUCGCUAGACUGCUGGGGAGAGUAGUGAUAUAAGUUUGGUUUGGGUUAGGAUGUGAAUUAAGGAAGGGAAAUGGUGGGUUUGGGAGGAGGGUCUUUCUUGUUACUGCUUAUUGGAGCAUAGGCUCAAUGUCACACAGUAAUUUACCUACCUAUGAUACUGUAUUUGAAAAUGAAUGGAUUGAAUGGCAGCUUCCACACCAGCAAGAAGAAGUGUAGGUAACCAAAUCAAGAGUAUACAGGGGAAUACCCCGGAGGACAAGAUAAGCUACACCCGUGGUUUGAUACUGCAUGCCAGGUGCUAGGUACCAGGUCAAAGUCAAGAAGAGAAAAGCUUACAUUAAAUGUACAGUACGUACAAUUGCACAACUUCUACGUACAGUACCAUCCUUAACAAACAGCUAUUUUCAAGCCAAGACAAAGAUGAAUCACCACUCAGAAAGUCCAGAGUUAACCCAAGUUUUGUUUUAGAAGUUCGGCGAAGUCUCCAUAAUGAUGUCGGAGAUACCGGAAUUAUCUCCAUGGCCCAAGAACUUCUCUCUCCAAAAUGAUGCUGUUUGGAACGCAUUAUUCUCUCAUUAAUCUAAUCACCUCCAAGCCUCCAAGACUCACUCCCACGCUCUGAGUCAUUCUGCAGCUGACACACACACCCUACACCAAGCUGGCGUUCCCGUCUUUGUCAGCACGCAGAUUUCCUUAAGGUUGCGUUGGUGGGAGUGAGAUUGGAGAGUCGAUCGAGAUCAGGCUUUCCUCCAAGCUCGAACGAAAGGAAAGACGCGCAUUACUGCUGCAGCCUCCACGCCGACUCGACAUCACUACUUGCUCACUCACUCACUCACCGUCGCAGCCCGCUUUCUCUUCAAUUCCACUGUCGCGCGGGAUAUUCGAUUUGAUAUCGGUGGCAAAAACCCCCCUACGACGUAGAGACGACAUCGUGCAUUAUUGGCAAGCUGUUGCUUCAACUUUCCAUCCAUCAAUCCCGCAUCCCCUGUCCUGUCCAUCUGGCAAGCUUUCCGAAGAAAUCGGAUUUCUAAUUCAGAGACCGACCAUCCUAAGACUUGUGCGUUGCUUUUCGGCUUUGUCCAGAAGGCUGCGCUGCACCCUAUCUAGCCUGGGCCUGGGGCACUCACUGACUGGCAUUGGGGCAUGGAUGAUCUGCCCGCCCUCUUGCCCCUCACUGACUGGCCAAUAACAUCCCCCACUUCAGCCUUGCGCCGCUAGGCAGGUAGCUCCAGUUCCCAAUUCACACUUCAUCCGCCGUCCCAAGGACGACGAUUGCAUCAACUCUCUCCAAAUAGAACCGUCCCAGGUUUGAUGAGUGAUCAUUCAGAACGCCUCGCAGUAUUUCCAAUAUCGACGGUAUCCGGAAUCUUCUGUGCAGACUGCGCCCAGUCCAGCUUCAAUCAACACCAUCCAUCCGGUCUUUGUUCGUUCCGCCCCGCGGUAUUUGAGGGACAUUGUCGAGAUCCCGGUGUCCGACGACACUGCCCAUCGUGGAGAUAGCUUGGGAAAGCCAUUCUUUUGGUUGUGGAACGCGAGAGUAAACUGCCCAAUUCUGUAAGUUACAUGCCCCAAUGCGGAUAGUGACAGGAUGAGAGGGGAGUUGCCGCAUGAACACGAACUGACCGUAUUCAGAUCAAUUGAUCGGCCGAGCGACGAACGACCAGGCCGUGGAGCAUCGCGGGCAUACGCUCUUACACCGACCGCCGAGUAUUAUUUUUUCCCCUCGUCAAUAUCCUCCUCCUCAUCGUCUUCCUCGACCUGUGACGGGUCACACCCUCUGCCAGACGCAGACCCUCUCGCAUUCGACCGAGAGACCAGUGGCGCACCAUCCCCUUCCUGAUCAGACGUCACCCUCUCUCCUUCUCGGUUUCUGCAGCUCAGCCCAGGCCUGCAGCAGGCAACCAGGAUACAAUUGAAUUGGUCUGCAUCGAGGGCCAUCCAAUCUUCUGCACGAUCCAUUCUAGAACUGGAAGCUAUCGUCGAAUUGGUGCUUCGGCGAUACUGCCCAACGUGGUGUCGGUGUGAGAGCGAGCGAGCGAGGAAGCAAGCAAGUCUCACUCUCAUUGUGCCGACCUAGAGCUAUCUGAGUAAUCAGAUACUUAGCAGGCAGCUUGAUCUGCAACGGGGAAAGGAUUUGGAACCACCCCCAAGGUCCAUCGAGAGUCCGUCUGUGGGGGACGUCGACCCACCGGUGUAGAAAAACCCCUUUCGUGGACAAGGUCCCCUAAGAUUGCGGUCUGUUUCAUUGGCACUCCUUGAAGGGGCGAAAGAAGGGUUCGGGGGACGAACAGGCAGGCUAUAUACGACAUCUCUAGGCAUUUCUAGUAGCUGCUGAGUGGACAUAAGGCUGCUAGUCAUCUGCAUAUUGGACCCUAUCUCCACCAGUGAAUUCUAAACCCUAAGGGUAGGGCUGUUUGAUCGAGACAGCACCCUGCCUAAGCCUCUAGCCGUGUGCGGGAGGAUAUUCCAGGACGAGUGGCUUCGCCCCUCUACGCUGUCUACUAUUGGCUACGUGGAGAUCACACCGUUGUCAGAUUCAUUGGAACAGUGGUGAAAGUAGCGAUAAAGGACAUAGCUAUCCCUCAGCCAGACGCCCCACUCCUGGCGCUCGCUGAAAAGAUACAUUCCUUGAGUAGUUGAGGUCAUUCUUACCUCCUUACAACUACUAUUCGUGCUUUUCAAUCCGUUCCUUUAGCAAUCAUUUAUCAUCAUGACACCCACGCCCCCUUCUACCACCUCCUCCAGCGCUGGAGGUCACUCUCCCGACGCCCAAUACCGGGUUGUACGGAAGAGAAACAGAGUGCCCCUGUCAUGCGGGCCGUGUAGGCAUAGGAAGUUGAAAUGUAACCGGUCGCACCCAUGCGAGAACUGCGUGAGGAGAGGUGACGCCUCCUCGUGCUCGUAUGCAGCGCCGGGAACUCGCAAGAAGAACCAAAGUCAAGGAGCAACCAGCCCUGAUGAUAUGCAAAACCGUAUUGACCGUUUAGAAGGCCUAGUCCUGUCUCUGAUGACGAAUGGAGCCCAGUCUGCUGGGCCGACAGCGGCUGCUGCCGCCAUCUCCCGCUCCCAGAGCGACAGUGCGGCUUCCUCUUUUCCAACCGAACUGGAUCGCGACGACGACGACAUGAUCAAGGAAGAGGACGAGGGUGAUGAUAGUGAUGUUGAUGGCGUUACUAACUCUCUCGGUGUGCUGAAGGUUGAUGCUGACAAAGGGAAAUCUCUGUACUUUGGGGACUCUCAUUGGCAUUUGGUUCUUGCAGAUAUUGCCGAAGUUAAGAAUUACUUUACGUCUCACAAGAAGGAAAUGGAAAGCAAUUACGAGCGAAUCAAACAAUCAAAACCGAGUACUGCCCGAGACGGACCGGCCUUUCUAUUCAGCGCCCAUACCGAAGCUUCGGACUCGGAUCUACGAGCAGAAGUUCCACCCAAGUCAGCAGUCGAUAAGCUCGUGACUCGGUACUUCAAUUCAUACGAUCCUGCUGUUCAUAUUCUACAUUCACCUACCUUCCAUAAACAACUGCAAAGCCAUUGGCAGGAUCCUUCGAAAACUUCUAUAGUAUGGCUGGGUCUCUUAUAUUCGAUUCUGUGUCUUGCGAUGCAAUCCUAUCACAAGAUUGGGGAUGAGCCAUUAGAGUGGAAAGGACGUACACUCGAAAUGGCUGCAGAAUAUCGAUUGCGAACAGUUCAAUGCCUUGUCAACUCGGACUACACCGUUUCAUCAAUAUACACAAUCGAGACACUCGUACUUUAUGUACAUGGUGAGUACAACAGUCGAUGGGAUGCUGAGGUUGGAAUCUGGGUCAUCAUUGGCAUGAUUGUGCGGCUUGCGAUGAGAAUGGGUUACCAUCGAGACCCGAGCAAGUUUUCGGGUGUCACACCUUUCCAGGGAGAGAUGAGACGCCGGGCAUGGAGCUUUGUUCGUCAGAUCGAUACUAUGUUCUCAUUCCAACUGGCGCUCCCUAGUAUUAUUCGAAGCACAGACUGCGACGCAGCUCUACCCAGAAACAUAUUUGAGGACGAGUUUGGUCCUGACUCAAAGAUACUUCCUCCUGCAAGACCUAUGUCGGAACCUACGCCGAUAUCCUACAUGAUUACCAAAGCUCAAAUAUCCUACGAGUUUGGCGAGAUUCAGGAAGAGCUGAACUCAGUCAGUGGAAAACAUGUCAGCUACGAAGAUAUCUUGAAGCGGGACAACUGCUUGCGAGACUUGAAGAAGAACAUGGCUGCCCAUCUGCAACUGCGACCAAUUGAGGAGUGUACGCAUGAUCCUGCAACACUGCUCAUGCAGCGCUUCAACCUAGACAUCUUCUGGCAAAAAACAAUGUGUGUUCUUCAUCGGAAAUACAUUGCUCGAGCCAGGCAGAAUCCUAGAUAUGCUCAUUCCAGGCGAGCCUGUGUCGAUUCAUCAAUGGAGAUAUUACGGCACCAAGCACAGCUGCACAAAGAAUCGCAACCUGGUGGUCGGAUGCGCACGAUGAAGUGGUUCAUUUCAUCGCUUACCAAACACGACUUCCUUCUCGCAGCGAUGAUCGUUUGCCUGGAUCUCAACUACGACUUCAUCUCUGAAUCAUUACCCGAACCACCGCCAAACUACGAUCCCUACUUCUGGUCUCCCACUCAGCGCUCGGAUAUGCUUGCUGCCCUCGAGACUUCUCAGAGUAUCUGGAAAGAGUCUGCCGAGACAUCAAUGGAAGCCUACAAGGCUUCUGGAAUCCUCGGUAUAAUCCUCGAGAAACUCAGAAUGACAGAGAAGAAGGAUAGACCUACAACCUCCGAAGUCUUCGCACAGAUCGACGAGGACAGUCUAAGACCUGAACACUCUGCUGCCAUGACGCUGGGUAUGCUUUCAGGAGGCUUGACGCCAAAUUCAGCAGCUAUGUUUAAUGCUAUGGCUCAGAGUCCUGGUGGUACGAGGUACUCCGGCAUGGAUACUAACAUGGGCGACUCAUCGAACAGCACUGGUAUGACGCCGAAUUAUGGGAUGGAUACCUCCAAUCCUUUCGGCAACAUCAACAGUGUCAACUCACCCUUCUCCGUCUUUGGAAACACGGGGUCAGGUAUCGGCAUGAUGGACGUGCCGGGGAACUUGGACUGGGAUGCAUGGGACUCUUACAUCCAGAACGGCAGCACCAUCGACCCGUCCUUCCAAUUCUACCCCACCAACCUUGACCAGCCACUUAACCCCGACAUGCAGCAACAGAACCAGGGCGGUGAUACCUCCGGUUACGGCAGCAAUAUUUUCAUGGGUGCUAAUACGCCUGGUAGGUGAUGCGUGCAGGGAUUGCGGUAGGCGAUGGGAGAGAUAGAGAGAUGUGCUGUGGUUAAGAUCUUGGCUGCAGUGCCUUUGUGAGCUCUCUAGUGGUCUGUGAGUUGUAGGCGAUUGAAGGCCAUUGGGUCGACGGGAUACAUAUCGACGAAUCGUAUCUCGUCGAUUCUGGGACAUGUUUGGGACUCAGGUCAUCGGAUGCGAGAAUAAAGAGGAGAUUCUAAGAUAUAUACCAUGGGUGACUUGGUUUAGCUUGAUUUGAUUCAAUCUAGCUUUGAUAUAUAGGUAGGCUGUUUGCAUUCGCUUGAGAUGUAUAUGGCUUGUCAGGGAUGAUGGAAUUCAAAGAAAUGCAAAGCAAAGCAGGCGGGCGGACAGACAGAUUCAUUGUUUGGUUGGGAACGCACUGGAAUGGAAUGCAGUGGUCUAGGAUGGGACGGGACAGGAAAAUUACCAAGGGCAAAAACUCUCCACAUCUUUUAUUUAUAAGUACAAUACCAGAUAAAUUACUCGAAAAGGAAAACUCAUC